GCGUCUCGGGGCGGAGUCUCUGCCCUCGUGAUGUCCCCGCUGUGGUUCCUGGGCAAGUUUUGGGGAAAUGAAAGCCGCUAGGGGCCAGGCCUGGCCUCUUUCGUAACCCAGCGCCCCGCAGUCCCGACACAGAUUCCUGGACCUCAGCCCCAUAGCGACAAUGAUCCCGCUGCUGCUGCUGGCCGCGCUGCUGUGCGUCCCCGCCGGGGCCCUGACCUGCUACGGGGACUCCGGGCAGCCUGUGGACUGGUUCGUGGUCUACAAGCUGCCAGCUGCCAGCGGGUCCGGCGAGUCGGUGCAGAGCGGGCUGCGGUACAAGUAUCUGGACGAGAGCUCCGGGGGCUGGCGGGAAGGCGGCGGACUCAUCAACAGCUCGGUGGGGGCUGUGGGCCGAAGCCUGCAGCCGCUGUACCGGAGCAACCGCAGCCAGCUCGCCUUCCUGCUCUACAAUGACCAACCGCCUAAAUCCAGCAAGGCUCACAUCUCUUCCAACCAUGGGCACACGAAGGGUGUCCUGCUACUCGACCACGAUGGGGGCUUCUGGCUGGUCCACAGUGUACCCCAAUUCCCUCCACCUGAUGCAUACAGCUGGCCUCAAAGUGCCCACACCUACGGGCAGACCCUGCUCUGUGUGUCUUUUCCCUUCAGCCAAUUCUCAAAGAUUGGCAAGCAGCUGACCUACACCUACCCCUGGGUCUACAGCUACCAGCUGGAAGGGGUCUUUGCCCAGGAAUUCCCAGACUUGAAGAAUGUGACCGAGGGCCACCACAUUGGCCAAGAACCAUGGAACAGCAGCAUCACACUCACAUCCCGGGCCGGGGCUGUUUUCCAGAGCUUUGCCAAGUUCCGGAAAUUUGGAGAUGACCUAUACUCUGGCUGGUUGGCAGCAGCCCUUGGUACCAACCUGCAGGUCCAGUUCUGGCAAAAGGGUACAGGCAUCCUGCCCUCCAACUGCUCAGGGACCUGGCAGGUUCUGAAUGUGAACCAGAUAGCCUUCCCUGGACCAGCCAGCCCAAGUUUUAACAGCACAGAGGACCACUCCAAAUGGUGCGUGUCCCCACUUGAGCCCUGGACCUGUGUGGGUGACAUGAAUCGAAACCAGGGAGAGGAGCAGCGGGGUGGGGGCACACUGUGUGCCCAGCUGCCAGCCCUCUGGAAGGCCUUCCAGCCCCUGGUAAAGAAAUGGCAGCCCUGUAAUAGCUGGUAAGAUCUAAGCCUCAUGACCAGGUGCAGUGACUCACGCAUGUAAUCACAGCACUUUGGAAUCCCAGCUCAGCCCCUUCCCAGCUAUAGGAACUUUGUGUGCCUUAACCACUCUGUGACACAGUCUACCUGUCCGCAAAAUGAGAAACAUAAUACCUGCCAUCAAGAUUGUUGAGGAGUAAAUAAAUGGAGCCGGGCACGGGGGAUCAUGCCUGUAAUCCCAACACUUUGGGAGGCCAAGGUGGGCGGAUCAUCU